UUACAUGACGUCUAUCAGCCGGAAAGGCUCUGCGGCAUUACAUGUACAUGGAUCAUGGAGCGCAUUUGUGCUGUGCAGCAGAAAAUCCCAUGUGUGUUUGUCACCCAGGUGAAGGAUGAACCCUCCACUAAACGUGAGCAUCAGAACUUCAAAGUUGUGGCUACUGAAACAUUGAACCCUAUAGCACUAAAUGCCAGUAUUCAGAGUGCUUUAGCUACUGAGAAAGUGGAUGGAACGUGCUGCUAUGUAACUACUCACAAAGGUCUUCCAUAUCUGUGGGCAAGAUUAGAUCGAAAACCAACAAAACAAGCAGAUAAAAAAUUUAAAAAAUAUAUUCACUCAAAAGGAAAUUCUGAAGGCUUCAUCUGGAAUGUUGAUGAAGACUUCAAACAUGUACCUGAUUUUUGGAUACCAGCAAAAGAAGUCAAACGGUGUAAUGGGAAGCCAUACCCAGAUGAAAAUGGGCAUAUCCCAGGAUGGGUGCCAGUAGAACAUGGAAAUAAACAAUAUUGCUGGCAUUCCAGUGUAGUCAGUUAUGAUGCCGGCGUAGCCCUAGUUCUGAGACCCCAUGCAGAAAACUCUGGAUCUCUGGAAAUCUGUCUUGUGUACCUGUCAGAACUGCUUGAGCAAACACUGGAACUCGUAGGUACCAAUAUUAAUGGAAAUCCAUAUGGAAUAGGCAGCAAGAAGAAUCCUAUACAUUUUCUUGUUCCUCAUGGAGCUUUUGAAGUUAAAGAGCUACCAUCGCUAAAUCACAAUAGUCUAGUCAGCUGGUUUAACUGUUGCCAAGAAGGGCAGGUUGAAGGAAUUGUGUGGCACUGCAGAGAUGGAUCUUUAAUUAAGCUCCAUAGACAUCAUCUUGGUAUAAAGUGGCCCAUACCAGAUACUUACUUGAAUUCUCAGCCAGUUACAGUCAAUGUGAACUUGUGUAAAUAUGAGUGUGAAUUUCCACCAAGUUUAUUAUUAAGUCAUAUUUCAAAGAAGGACACGCAGCGGUUUGACAAACUCAGAGACCUUUCCCUUGAAGAUGUGUAAUGGAGGAUAGCGGACUCCCUUGCACAGUGCAUUCCAUAGCAUUAUUUGCACUUGUAAAUUGCAUCAAAACAAAGCAAUUUAAACUGAAUAAAUUGUUCUGAUUAUUCUUAGAGCUGAAUGUAUCUCUAUUAUCCUGACAGUAUUAUUAAAUUUUAAUUUAAAUAUUUAA